AGUGGAGUUGCACCUUCCUCAAAAGUUGUAUGUUGUGUUAGAAGUUCUAAUGUUUCCGGGGCUGAAUUAUUGAUUCAAGCGUCACAUGAUAGCAUAGACGUAAGAAUGGGGAUGAGGGAGGGACGUACAGGUGCAGAUCAGGUCAGGGUAGCGUUUCGCCUCUUCGCUCCUCCCUUGAUGAUCAGCACAGGUGUAAUUGGAGAGUUGAAACACAACACUUGUGGAUUUUUCCUCUCCUACAGCAGUCCAUUUUUAUCUUCCCUCAUGACUAACCCAAGCGAGCAGUCGCCAUUCAGUACAUAUUGGCUCGAGGGCCAGAAAUACGUGGACGUGAGUCGCUGUCUCUACUGUGGGACCAUUCCCGACUUGAGGCAUUCAUUGACGCUAAACAGAGGUAAAACCGGAAGUUUCUUUCCGCAAUACCUUGAUAUUAAGGCGCAGGCCCCGGUCCCUGGUUCCUCGCCGUGUGAUCGGGUCCACCAACUGGGGCAGCAGCAUCUCGUGCGCCAGACCUCGCAGCCGGAUCUCGGCGACAGCCUUUACCAAAAGGAAGCCAUCUCAGGUCGCAGUGCUGCACUACUUCAUGGUAAUUUUCUGGCCACCCCAACUGGUCAGCCACUCGAAGAGUCCGGGUUUUAUAGAGACAACCAUCACCUGUUCACAAAAUCGGCAUUGCAUCACGGCCACGGAGCGAGGGGGUUGCGGCCUUCCUGGCAUCAAGCACAAGUGAGGGCCACACCUUCUGUGCAGGCCUCUGAUUCUACAGCUACCCCCGUGCACCCGCCCCCGCCACCGCCUCCUCCCCUUCCUGUUCGUGAGCUGAGCCGUUUGUACAGGGAAACCUUGGGAUCCAAGAUUAUCUUGGACGCUCAGCGUAUUGCCGGCAGCUCUCCUCCACCUGCAGUCUACGGACCACAGACUCAUCUUCCCAACUACGCCGCCGAGGAAUCGUCUGUCUCUGCUCACAAGCCGUUAAAUGAUUUCAACAGCUUGUCCCUGAAACUCCGUCAGUCGGCUUCCGCCGGUUCCGCGGUGGAUCCAGCUACCCAGGGAAUGGACGCCACUCUCUCUCGUGCUUACGGAGCUGUAGCCUCACAGAGACUUCCUUAUGACCCGAACUAUGAUCCCAAUACUGCCUUGAUGGCUGCCACAGCUGGAAUACCCUCUGGGUUGCCUCCUCACCAUCCUAGCGCUGCAGACCCCAAGAAGAUGGCAGAUCCUGCCUAUUUAGCAUUUUUACGAGGUGAAGGCUUGGCUGAGAGCACCAUCACUCUCCUGCUGCAACACGGCUUUGAUUCCUUUUCCAUGCUGGGGAUGAUGGAGGACCACGACGUCCGGUCGGUGGCCCCAAAUUUGGCCCAGGCCCGUGUUCUUUCACGCAUUGUGCUCAGUUACAAGACCGGUGUGAGUGCACCACGUACCCGAUCCAACAGCUUCAGCCACCGCAAUGACUAUUACGUGCAGCCCCAAGGUUUGACUAUGGAUCCUGGACUGAUACAGCAACCCCCCACCACUAUCCAGGCGAUGUCUCCCAGAUUGGGGGAGUUUCUCGGGAGAAGACCCAGCAGCGCCCCAUCACAACACCUUCUGGAGACCACCACCACUUAUCCUGCACCGCGCCCUCUGGCAACUGGAGCUUUACCAAUGAGCCCCGGAGGAUAUGGCAAUGCCGUAAACCAGGGAAGACCCAUCUCCAUGUACAACGCCCACACUGGCCUCGCCAUGUCUGCUCUUGGCCAACAGCCCUUAGCUGCCCCAGGAACUCCCGGAACUGCCCCCAAAACCUUCUCAGGCUCUUAUUCCCCCAUGGAGCUGAUGAAAAGAGCCCCCAACCUUCCCCCGGCAUCGCCGGUAGCUACUUCGAGCCCUCUUCACAGCCCGCAACUCCUCCGGAAAGGGAUCAAUGCCGCUCCAGAGAGUAACAUUGUCGCAGCCGCUUCCUCCACAGCUCUCCAAGCGCAAAACCUGAACAACACCAAGUUGGUCGGACGCCGCACCGGUCCACCUGUCAUCGUCUCAACCAUGACCAGCACGCCUGACACAAGUAUCCGGCCCCAAAUCAUGAACGGGCCCAUGCACCCCCGCCCCCUGGUGGCGCUGCUGGACGGGCGCGACUGCACGGUGGAGAUGCCCAUCCUCAAGGACUUGGCCACCGUCGCCUUCUGCGACGCGCAGUCCACGCAGGAGAUUCACGAGAAGGUGCUGAACGAGGCGGUGGGGGCCAUGAUGUACCACACCAUCACCCUGACCAGGGAGGACCUGGAGAAGUUCAAAGCGCUGCGGAUCAUCAUCCGCAUCGGCAGCGGCUACGACAACAUCGACAUUAAAGCCGCCGGAGAGCUCGGCAUCGCCGUGUGCAACAUCCCGUCGGCGGCCGUGGAGGAGACGGCCGACUCCACGCUGUGCCACGUCCUCAACCUCUACCGACGGAACACUUGGCUCUACCAGGCUCUCCGGGAGGGGACGCGGGUCCAGAGCGUGGAGCAGAUCCGCGAGGUGGCGUCCGGCGCCGCGCGCAUCCGGGGGGAGACGCUGGGCCUCAUCGGUUUCGGUCGUUCGGGGCAGGCGGUGGCGGUGCGCGCCAAGGUGUUCGGCUUCAACGUGAUCUUCUACGACCCGUACCUGCAGGACGGCCUGGAGCGCUCGCUGGGCGUGCAGCGCGUCUACACGCUGCAGGAUCUCCUGUACCAGAGCGACUGCGUCUCCCUGCACUGCAACCUCAACGAGCACAACCACCACCUCAUCAACGACUUCACCAUCAAACAGAUGCGUCAGGGCGCGUUCCUGGUGAACACGGCCCGCGGCGGCCUGGUGGACGAGAAGGCGCUGGCCCAGGCCCUGAAGGAGGGCCGGAUACGCGGGGCCGCCUUGGACGUCCACGAGACCGAACCCUUCAGUUUUGCUCAAGGGCCCCUGAAAGACGCCCCCAACCUGAUCUGCACACCUCACACGGCCUGGUACAGCGAGCAAGCCUCUCUGGAAAUGCGAGAAGCCGCCGCCACCGAGAUCCGAAGAGCCAUCACGGGCCGCAUUCCCGACGGCUUGCGAAACUGCGUCAACAAGGAGUUCUUCGUCAGCACGGCGCCCUGGGCCGUCGUGGACCAGCCCCCGGUCCACCCGGAACUCAACGGCGCCGCCUACAGAUACCCGCCGGGCGUGGUCGGCGUGGCGCCGGGCGGCCUCCCCGGGGCGUUGGAGGGCAUGGUGCCCGGCGGGGUGCCCGUCGCCCACACCCUGCCGUCCGGUACGCACCCCUCGCAGGCGCCGUCGCCCAACCAGCCGUCCAAACACAGCGAGCCCAGAGAGCACCUCACCGAGCAAUAGCGGCGACGGGGGACCACCGGACGCCCCCCCCCCUCCCCCCACCCCUCCAUAUUUGGGCCCCCUUUCUAAACCGGGACCAAAAGACAGUGCCCCUUCUUCUGGUGGAAUUUGUACUUUUAAUGUCUUGUUUUUAUUUUUGUAUAUUUUUGGGGGAGGGGGAAACACCAACUGCCGCAGACUUUAUUUUGGGAACGUGCAUCAUCAGCCCCCCCCCCCCCCUUAUUUUUUCAAACCCCUCCUAUUUCCUGCCGCCCUUCCCCAUCUUCUGUAACAUGUUUAGGCUUUCCCACUUUUUCGCUUAAAACUUCAAAAUCAUAACUACGAAAAAAAAAAAAAUUCUGAAAAUUAACAUUUAGCGUGUGCAACAAUUACGAGAAAAAAAAAAAAAACCACCUUGAUUGUUGGAGUCCGCUGUUAGGAAAAGGAAAUUGUGACAAACUUAAAGACUCAGGAAUUACCCCCCCCCCCCCAGUUUCGUUUCAUCAGCGAGAUGAAGAAGCAGUGAAGACAACAACGAGGCACAUUUCCAGAGUCCCGCUACGAAUGAUACGCGUCGUUCCCGUGUGCUCAACUUUUUCUCUCCUACUCUUUUUUUUUUUUUUUUUUUUCCCCCUCUUUGGGCUCAUCCUCGUACUCUUCUUGUCAAAAGCAAUAGCAGAAAACUCCUCGCCGUAGUUUGGCCAUCAUCGCGUGAGGCACCCAGCAAAUAUGCUUUUGUUUUUAGCGUGAGUAUUUGUAUUUGUUUCUUGUAUCAGGUGAACAUUUAGCAUUCAGUGGGGUUCCAAUAAAAUAAUAAAAAAAAAAAAAAAGUUUGAAACAGCACGUUCCCAACUUUUGUAGUUUUAUUUGUGAAAACCACAAGAGGGCGCCACACUAUCCGAUUGUGAAUUUCUUUUUGUUUUUUUUACUGACCAAAUUUGAAUACAACAUUUGGUUCAGGGUGGAACCAGCCUCCUGUCCGAGCCGACGUUAAGGCCCUUGUGAGGAUAGGCGGCUCAGAUAACGGAUGGUAGCCAAAUCAUCUCGGGAAGACGCUACCUAGCUAACAAAGUUCACGCAAAUACAGCAAAGUUACGCUUUUUUCCCCGCUUCCGACUCGUAACUGAGCAGGCCUGGUGAAGGCCUGAACAUUUUCCUCGCAAUUCUGAGGUUCCGGGAUCGAAUCCAGCUUGCCUGUUGGAGAUGUCAAACCAACUCAAUUCAUCAAGACUUACUUAAGUCAAGUCUGGUUGGAAAACCGAACCAGUCUUUAAAGGUCACUUUGAAACCCUAAACCUGUUUUUGAAGCCCACUUUGAAAUCCGAACCGUUUGUCAACCCGACCUUGAAACCCUAAACCAGUUUUAAACCCGACAUUAAAAUCCUAACACUGCUUUUAAAAGCCCAACUCUUGUUUUGAAAUUCAAACCCUCCUUUAGCAAGCACACACGGGAGAAAAA